UCUCCCUCUCCCUCUCUCUCUCUUCCCCUCUCUCUCUCCCUCUCUCCCCGCACACGCACACCUCCAAACCGCAGCCCCCCGCAGCAGUCAUGUAUUCUCCGCUCUGUCUCACCCAGGAUGAAUUUCAUCCCUUCAUCGAAGCACUUCUGCCUCACGUCCGAGCGUUUGCAUACACGUGGUUCAACCUGCAAGCCCGAAAAAGAAAAUACUUCAAAAAACAUGAAAAACGUAUGUCAAAAGAGGAAGAGAGAGCCGUGAAGGACGAACUGCUUAGUGAAAAACCCGAGGUAAAGCAAAAAUGGGCGUCCAGACUUCUGGCAAAGCUCCGGAAAGAUAUCAGGCCUGAAUUUCGGGAGGAUUUUGUUCUCACAGUCACAGGAAAAAAGCCUCCGUGUUGCGUUCUUUCCAAUCCAGACCAGAAGGGCAAGAUGAGAAGAAUUGACUGCCUUCGCCAGGCAGAUAAGGUCUGGAGGUUGGACCUUGUUAUGGUGAUUUUAUUUAAAGGUAUUCCGCUCGAAAGUACUGAUGGCGAGCGCCUUGUAAAGUCCCCACAGUGCUCUAACCCCGGGCUGUGCGUACAGCCCCACCAUAUAGGAGUUUCUGUUAAGGAACUCGAUUUAUAUUUGGCAUACUUUGUGCACGCAGCAGAUUCAAGUCAAUCUGAAAGUCCCAGCCAGCCAAGUGAAGCUGAUAUUAAGGACCAGCCAGAAAAUGGACAUUUGGGCUUCCAGGACAGUUUUGUCACAUCAGGUGUUUUCAGUGUGACUGAGCUAGUAAGAGUCUCACAAACACCGAUAGCUGCAGGAACAGGCCCUAAUUUCUCCCUCUCAGAUUUGGAAAGUUCUUCAUACUACAGCAUGAGCCCAGGAGCAAUGAGGAGGUCUUUGCCUAGCACAUCCUCUACCAGCUCUACAAAGCGUCUCAAGUCUGUGGAGGAUGAGAUGGACAGUCCUGGUGAGGAGCCGUUUUAUACAAGCCAAGGGCGCUCUCCAGGAAGUGGCAGCCAGUCAAGUGGAUGGCAUGAAGUGGAGCCAGGAAGAGGAAACUCACUGGUCAAACCCUUGGACACCAGAAUAGUUGCAUGCAGUUUCCCAGGGAGCCAGAUAGCUCUAAAGCUUCCCAGAUAUCUAAGAAACCCCGAGCACCGCGGAGCACUACAUGGAAUGCCAUCGCCAACUACAUUAAAGAAGUCAGAGAAGUCUGGUUUCAGCAGUCCCUCGCCUUCGCAGACCUCCUCCCUUGGAACGGCUUUCACACAGCACCAUCGACCUGUCAUUACAGGACCCAGAGCAAGUCCACAUGCAACACCAUCGACUCUUCAUUUUCCAACAUCACCCAUUAUUCAACAGCCUGGGCCAUACUUCUCACACCCAGCAAUCCGCUAUCAUCCUCAGGAGACUCUGAAAGAGUUUGUCCAACUUGUCUGCCCCGACGCUGGUCAGCAGGCUGGACAGGUGGGGUUCCUAAAUCCCAAUGGUAGCAGCCAAGGCAAGGUGCACAAUCCAUUCCUUCCUACCCCAAUGUUGCCACCACCACCUCCGCCACCAAUGGCUAGGCCUGUGCCUCUGCCAGUGCCAGACACAAAACCUCCAACUACAUCAACAGAAGGAGGGGCCACCUCUCCCACUUCUCCAAUCCUGGUACCUGGGAUAAAAGUCUCCGCUUCCCACCACCCACCGGACAGACCACCAGACCCCUUCCCACCUCUGUAACACGGAAGCAGCAGCAACGCAGCGCAGCGACUUUCACAUCGGCGGAAGGGGAGGCGAGCAGACACCGACAGCAAACUAGUACAUGGAAAUGGCAAACGUUAUGGUUGAAUGGCAAAGGCCGUAACUUUUUUGAGAUUUUAUUUUGGUUGUUUUUUUUUUUUGUUUUUGUUGUUUUUUGUUUUUUUUUUUUUUUUUUUUUUUAGGCAACUUAGGACUGUUGUAAUUUCUCAUAAUGGUGCUGGAAAUGGUUGGGCUUCAUAACUUUUGAAGUGUUUCAUUGGUAGUGUAAGCGUUAGGUGACACUUGAGUAGAACUAGCCUCUGCUGCUGCUUACCAACUCGCUGUUGUAACACACUUUCCAUAUGGAGCCUAACUGUUUUACAGUAUCCUCAUCGAUUUUUCCCAUACAGGUGUGAGACUUCUUGAGAAAUCAUGAAACACACUUAAACUAUAACUUUUGUAGUAGCUGAAUUCUGCAAUAUAUAACUUACCGGACAGACAUAAAGCAUGUUUUUUUCUGUAACAUAUCGGGGAAAAAAAUUGCAGGUUUUCUUUUGUUUUGGGGUUGGUUUUUGUUUUUUUUUUUUUUUUUUCCUGUUGGUUUUUUUGUUUUGUUUGUUUUUGGUUUGUUGUUUUGUUUUUUUUUUUUACAGUCGGCACUUAGAUACGUAACAUGAACCAUAAGAGCAUUGUCAACAAUUUUUUUCCACUUGAUUGCAGAGCGAUUUAAAACAUCAAACUACUACUAUUCACUAAAAAAAAAAAGAAAAAAAAAAGAAAAAAAAAGAAAAAAAAAGUUUGAAAUGCUGCACUUACAUUUAAAAAAAAAAAACAUUUUUCAACAAUUUUCAACAAUUACACAAAAAUUCACGCAGAAAUGGGGAAGUUGGUCUGUUUUGACAGAAACUGACAGGAAUCAAUCAAAACAAUCGAAUUUUGAAUUGAGUAAAGUGCAAUUUCAUUGGAUAGCUAAAUAUCUUUGUAAGAUAGAGAUUGUUGAAAAUUCUAUUUUUGUUUUCCAAGUCCUUCCACCCCAGGACUCUAAAUUAUUGGGGUAAAAAACAGCCUUGCAAGAAAAAGGGGAGCUAUUUUUGCUUUUUAUGUUUUUUAUUGUUGAACUUGUAUCCCUUUAAAACUGAAGGAAAAUUAAAAAAAAAAAAAAAAAACAAAUCUAAUGGUGCUUUUACCACAAUAUGUUAACUACAUUAAAUGCUAAUUAAUCAUUUUCUGUUAUCAAAGCACAUAACUAAAAUGAAAUCGUAAUAUCUGUUAAUUUUAUAAGCUAAAAGUCACUAUAAUGGAUUAUGCCAAUUCUGACAAAUUUUACGUGUUUCCGGCAAUAUAGGGUUUAUCAGUUCUCAAACACCUUGGGAAUAAGAGAGAACAGUCCAGAAAGUGAAACACCUUCGUGUCCCUGAACUGGUACAUUUUCUGGACUGUGAAGAAAACAUGACAGAAACGAGUGAUGCUGAUCUUACAACUUAUGCCAGUUCAAAGCAAGGGCACUUGCUGAAGAAAAAAAAAAAAAAAAAGAAAAAGAAAAAAAAAAACACACACACACACACACAAAAAAAAAAAGUUUGGACCCCAAACGUCCUGUAUCUUAUGUACAAAAAAAAGGAAAAAAAAAAGAAAAAAAAAAAAAGAGUGCAAGUGAUUUUUUCUAUCAGACAGCGGAGCACCCCUUUGCUUCACAUGCAACUUUAAGAAGGUUUCCUAUACUAUACAUAUAUAUACGUUCUGGUUGGCAAGUCCAGCUAAUCAGAGAAAGUCUCUGCAUGUUCUAGUGUUAGUAACUAAUUUUUAUAUAGUUAAUGUAGGGUAAAGUAGAGUGCAUUAAGACACAAUAUUGUAAUCCCUAUUCCAGGCACUUGCCUUUAAACUAUGUUUGUUCAACCCUUCAGAAGGGUUUCUACUACUGUCCUAUACAAUCAAGUAACUGAAAUUCUUGGGAAGACACUUUGCUCCUCAUCUUUUCCCUGAAACAAUGUUUUGUUUUGUUUUCUUAAUUUGCACGAAACAAAAAAAAAAAAAAAAAAAAAAUUCCAUAUCAAUGUGCCUUGCCCUGGAUAGCGAUUAUUUGUGGAAUUGUUGCACAUGUUCCUAUAUUGAAAGGGGUUUUUCCCUAGUCAAGCAUUUGGAGACACUUUUUGUAAAUGUGACUUUUAUGUCAGCCAUUGUCAGUUUCAACAUCUAGAAUUAAAUAGGAUGUUAGUUGUUCCGCAGAUAGGAGUAGUGUUUAUUGUCCUGUAUGGUCAGUGGCAGUGCUAUUCUGAGAUCUGUAGAUGCUAGAUUAUCAGUAUUUUUGGAUGUUGCUGCAUUUUACAUUUUAUUUGGAGUCUUCCUUUUUUGUUUUGUUUUCUCCCAGAUAUAUGAAAAUAUGCAAUACCUGCUUAUAUCAUGUAGAAAAGCUUAGCAAUUAUUAAUUUUUCUUUUAAUUUUUUUUUAUUUGACCAAAGUUGGUGCUGCACUUGACGCAGUGUGUUUUAGGUGUUUGUCUUUGUACUUUUGUGAUUUUGAAUGCACAUGCAGGAAGGGCUCUUCUUAGAGAAGCAGUCAAACUGUGAAGCACUAAGCUGAACCCUGCUUCAAGCAAUUUUUGUUUUACAACUGUUCCUUUCACAAGCAAGCCUUAAAAAAAAAAAAAAACUUCCUUUUUCUUCAGAUCCCACACCCAUUUUUAUUAGCAGACUGCAAUCAAUCCACAUUCAAUAAAAGUAUAUAAUGCCCAUUUUUAUAUGCACGUUUUUAAACUUCCAAGUUCUGAAAAUUGUUUACUGGUUAUUCUCUAUUUAAGGAAAAAAUAAAAUGUUUUGGAUUUUCAUAUGUGUCUGAUAAGUGGUUGAGUAGUCAUUUUGCUCUAUUGUAUUGUGUGAUUGUUAGUAUAUGGUAUCACAUCCUCUAGCCAGCAUCCUUUGCCUUCCCUAUAGCACUUAGCUGGGCAUUACUUUAUUAAGACAUAUGUGCACUAAAAAAAAAAAUAGCAGCUUUCAGUGCUUCACAGUGAAGGGAAAAAAGCCUAGACAAACAUUUUGUCAGAACCUUGCUAUGAGACAAGGUAUUACCAGUAAAUUGGUUGUAUAUACAAUAAAAUUGCACCCUUUUUUAAACAAAACAAACUAAGCAAUAGUUUGGGCAGUUAGUUGUUUUUAGUGAGCAUGUUGUAGUCAUGGCUGCAAAGAGAGAGAAUUAAACUGCCCACUCAGAAGAUAUGUAAUUUGUAUGUUGUAUAGUUUUAUUGAUUACACUGAUUUAUUCUACCCUAUUUUAUAAUGCAGGACUUUUGUAAUGUUGUUUAAAUGAGGAAAAAUUUCUGUCAAAUUAGCUUAGUGGAAUUUCUGAUUGUUCGUUAUAAAGGCAGCGUUCAUAGAAUUGCUUUUUUUUUUUUUUUUUUUUUUUUUUUUCCUUUGGGAACUGGAUUUAAGUUAAAAACUUUCCCGUUUCCUUUUUUGUAUGUAUUUAAAUACAGUUAUUUUUCUUCUCUCAAUGGUAUAGCAUAUUCCUAUGCUUGAGAAGUAUAGGCUACUGAAGAACCAUUGUAAAUGGACAUUACAGGUAUGCUGUAUUUUUGAAGGUAUUUUGUCAUAAUUAAGUUUGAUGACGCUAAAGUUAGGGAACUCUGAGCAGAAUUGCGAGAUUAAAAAAAAAAAUGUUUUAAAGGCUUUAAAACAUUAGGUAGGCGGUCAAGGGUGUUAACCAACAGGGGUUGUAAAGUAUUACACACUAAAUUAAAGUUUCGUUCACCUUCCUCUCCCGCAGAAAACCCAGCAGUCCCGUUGUUGUGUGCAGGUGUAGAGAACAAGCAGUGUUUGAGCCCUCCCAGACAGGGCAGGAGCAGGGGUCCCGCCUGGGGUGUGCCGGCUGCAGGCAGGAGCAGGCAGGGCUGGGGCAGGGGCUGGAGCCCCCGACUCCGCCUCAGGUUUGACCUUUUCCUCCCAGAGGCUCCGGUUGUUCUUUUGGAGUCAGGCAAAACAACUUUUUGGUUUGGUUUUGGAUUGGGUUUUUUUCUGUUGUUGCUUUGGUUUUGGUUUGUUUUUUUUCCUCCCUGUCUCCUUCUCUCCAAGAACCCGUCAGACGCACAAAUACUCUGACCUGAACCCACCCCCACGCCCAAAUUUAAAGCCCUGGAAAUGGCUGAGCGCAAAUUGACUUUUUCUGAAGUUAAUUCCUUUCUUUUUCUUCCUCUUUUUCUUUUUUUUUUUGGUUUGGUUUGGUUCUUUUUUUUUUGAGUGAGGGCACUUGCUUUUUUUCAUGCCGCACACCCCAGCAAUGUCAUUAUUAUUUAUUCUUCUUCCUUUAUAAUAAAAACUUUCAGGCUUCGAGUUUAGGCAGCCAUGGUACACUUGUGUCUCUGUUGCUUGUUCCCCCACCCCUUAAGGUUGAAGGGGAAAAGAAACACCAAGUUUUCUCAACUCCACAGUAUUCAGUCAGCCCACAGGAAUAUGCAAAAUCCCUCUAACAUUUUUUUUUUCUUUCUCUAGUUCUCUUUGUUCCGUAUAUUUGCAGCUUUGUAGUAACAGUGUUAUAAAAUAUUUACUGUACAAAAAUACAAAAAAAAACCCAGAUACAUAGCCUAAAACAGGUUUUUUUUCCUUGUGGUGAUUUUUUUUUUUUUUUAAGAAUGUCAGUUAAUAUUGUACUUUGCAUUGUGUCUCUGGAAAUAUCUUUUUUUUUUUUUUUUUUUUUUUUUUUUUUUUUUUUUUUUUUUGGUAGAAGGCCUCCAUCGAACAAAAUUAAAACCAUAACCGGCAUGACAAUGUAAGGAGAGCUUCAAUGGCACCUAAACAAUAAAUAAAUAGCAAAAUAAACCUCAUGAGGUCUGUCGGAGGCAGGUCUUGUGAAGUUAACACUGCCUGCUAGGCAGGAUUUUCAUUAAAUCAAGCUUACAAUGCCAAUUUUGUCUUGAAGUCAAUGCAUGUAUUACUGUUUGACAGUAAACCCAGCUAUGCCAUCAUCAAGUCCAAGGCUGCGCAAUAGUCUAAUUAGUAUCGAGUACAUUUUCCUUUUAUUUUUUCCAAUAAAAAAGCAGUGGGAUGAAAAUUGCUUUGAUAUAUAGCAGGUAACAUUGAAGCUAUUCCAUAGCACUUAACUGUAGUGAAUACUGUGUCACCAAUUCUGAAAUCAAUUUAAUGUUUAAUGCAAAUCCAUUACAUGGUGCUAUUACAGGCUGGCAAAAUGAUUUACAAAAAUGUGACAACUUGGGCUCAAUUCACUCUGCUUUCCAACAAUGUAAAUGCAUAGCAGUGUUUAUCUGCAUGGAAACUAUGCACUAAUCUAUCUGAAAAAAAAAAAAAAGAAAAAAAAGAAAAAAAAAAAAAGAAAAGAAUAUAUCGACUUUGGUAUCUACUUUCCGUUUACUUCGAUCCUUGCCUUUUCGGUCAUUGUUAUAAUGCCAGCUUUAGGACAGAAAGAAUUAUAAGAAAACCAGCAUAAUACCUGAUAUAUUAAAAUGUAGUGCCUGUGAAAUCUGUAUUAUAUUGCUCUUCUGAAGUAAGAUUUUUUCUACACCGGUAGCCUUCGCUGUCUGUCAGAACCUUCUGAUAUAGGUGAUGUAAAAUAACCGUACAAUAUUAAUGCAUGCUAUUCCAUAAUGCUUAGUAGCUGUAUGAAUAUUACUCAAAGUUAUGUUAGUCUUUUUUUCUGACUUGGUUCUUGUCAGAUAGGUUUAAAGAUAUUUCACUGAGAACGCAAAUUCUGUCUUCUCUUGAUUUGGGGUGUUUUCAGUAUUUUGGAGGUAUACAUUUACUUAAAUUCAGUAUUACUUGUGUUUUGGGUUUUUUUUCUUUUUUUUUUCUUUUUUUUCCCUUUAUUUUUCGUUUUGUUUCUUUUUUUUUUUUUUUUUUUUUUUUUUUUCUUCCUAGAGGGCAGGACAUGGUGUUUGAGACCAGCAAUCCGUGCCUGGUAAGAUUUUUGUCUCAAAAAGCUACCCUAAGAAUUCAGAGGGCUUACUCUGAAGAUGAGACGCAUCAAAUUUAAGGGACAGUCCUUUAAUAAACCCAGAAAUGAGACUGAGCUCGCGUUGCGAGAGACUUCUUAAUGGGCAGCAGUUAACCAGGUACCCAUGCUUGACCCUUUUUCACACCAGACUUCCUCAUAUAGAAAGAAAAAAAAAAAAACUUUAAAAAAAAUUAAAAAAAAAAAAGAAAAAAGAAAAAAAAAAACCUCAUGUGGUUGUUUAGUUUCAUGCACAGUUGCAAUAUUUUUCUUCAGACAAACUCUGUACAACCUUUGGGCCCGAUUCAUAAAAGCUCCUUUGCUAUUAACACGGGAGGCUGUGUGGGCUUUUCUCCUCCAAAUUGAGGACGGCUCUUCCCCAGCUCACGCCUCGGUGAGCCCCGCUCGCCCGGGCACGUGUGCCCGCUGGCCUUCCUCUCCCUCCCCUGCCCCUCUCCACCACUCCGAAGCCCACCAGAGAGCAGGGGUGGGUGGGACAGGGUGGUGGAGCCAGGAGGAGGUGAGGACCAUGCUCCGACACCCCAGAGGUGUGCAGGCUGGCAGGAGAAAAGGGGGACACAGGGGAGAAGACGGCUCCGUGCCCAGGCCGGGGCUUCGGAACGCGGUGGUGCGAGGCUGCUCGAUUACAAAAGAGAUCUUGUCCGUACCAGAAAAAACAAAAACCACCUUAGAUUGCUACCUCUGAGCUCUAGAGAAAACCUUCGCAGAGGCGAACGCUUGUACACAAUGUGAACUUUUGUACUUUCUGUGCAUUUUCCUUUUUUAUUUUUUAAUUUUUUUUUUCUUAGGGAAGACUAUUUUCCACUUAGUUAAUCUGCUAUACUCGAGCAUGAACAAAAACAAUUGUGUUGGGUGAAAUCCCCCCCCUUUUUUAUCUGCAUCCACAAAUUAAUAUGAGGAGAAAAACCAACCAAACGAAAAACAAAAACAAAAAUAAGAAAGAAGAUGAGUUUCUAGACGGAGCAUGGUAGGAAGAGAGUGCCCAGCUUGGCACCCGCCGCCGCUGCCUGUUCUUGCUGCUGGCACCCGGCUGCGACUGCUGCCGUGGGGAAAGGUCUGCAAAAAUUCUUUGCUUUGGAAAUACAAUCAAUGAGAAAUCUCCCUUUUUGGGAGAGCUGAGCCCUGACCUAGCCCUGUCCCGCUGCCUGAGGCUGGCCCAGCCAAGUCCCUUGGCGUCAAAUUGAAAUUCGGGGCGCUAAAAUUUCCACCGGCCGUGUGAAAGAUCUGCUGCAAAUUCACUUGACACCCGUGUUAAUACCAUGUUGUGUUCAUUUUUUUUUUAUGAGUCAGGCCCCUCGUGCCUCUAGUAUACUUGUAUUGACUCUCAUAGUUACCAUUUUAGUUUUACUGUGUUCUGUGAAAAAAAUUGUAAUUGGUUGAGAAUCACUGUGGGCAUCCAUUCUUAUUCAACUAAGUCUCCGCAGGUUUUUUGAGCUGGUGUGGAUUAGUUUAACUCUUGUAUUCAACCAUUAGUGCUACCACCUUCUCACAUUACAAUACAAUUACUGGAAGCAAGUACUGCAUUUCCUAUGCAACAAAAAAAGGAAAAUAAAAAAUUGCUAAU